AAAAAAUCUAUAAUUACUACUUUUGCUAAACAAUAGGCCUACACUGCGGUCGAAAACUACUCUCCGCAGGUCAAAAGCCGCACACCACCUGAAGGGGGGGGGGGCAAAACACACCUGUGUCAGAGGGAAAGACUACUUUAGACUAACUCUAUUUCAUAAAUGUUUAUAGGCUACAUUUGAUAAUUUUAGUAUAACAGCUUUGCCUGAUAUUUUUAACAAUAGGGGGUGCUACAUAACACAAAGACUGGGGGACUUGAAUAUUGAAACAAAGUUACAUACAAUCGAAAUAACAGCAGCGGGUAAAUUUUACCCGUUGGCGGUUCUAGUGUUAAGCAAAUAGUUUGGUAACCUACUGUACAAGCUAAUUUAUCAUCUUGAACAUGUGCAGCAAUAUCUUGAUCAUCUUGUCAAUCACUGCUCCAUUAAGUGGAUAUCAGUGGGUUUGAAAAGAUUUGUGGCAAAUAAUAUACCACAUGGCCCAAAGUAUGUAGACACAUGAACAAAGUUUACAAACACCUGAACAUUCCAGCCACAUGUAAUAUUUGAACAUGUGAUUCCAACACCAUUGGCAUUAAUGUGCAGCGAUAGCAGCCUCCACUCCUCUGGUUUCAGACUUUCCAUCCGAUUUUGGAACCUGGCUACAGGGAUUUGCUCCCAUUCAGCCGCAAAAGUAUUGGUGACGUCCAACACUGAUGUUGGGCAAUAAGGCCUGCCAUACAGUCGGCCAGAGUUCAUCCCAAAGCUGUUGGAUGGGGUUGAGGUCGGGGAUUUGUGCAGGCCAAUCAAGUUCUUCCACACCAAACCGAGAAAAAGAUUUCUUUAUGGACCUGUGCAAGGGGGCAGUCAUGUUCAAACAGGAAAGGGCCAAACAACUGUUGGCACAAAGUUGGAAGAACAGAACUGUCUAAAAUUUAAUUUCACAUUAUUGGAACUAAGGUGCAAAGACCAAACCAGAAAAAACAGACCCAGACGAGAAGCACGUGGACGGGGUGUCCACAUAUUUUUUUACUAUAUACACUAACAUGUAUUGUAUACAUGAUUGUUUAUACUGUAAUUACUGUUUUUUCAGUGCCCUCAAUGAAGUGCAUAUUGCAGGUCUGAAUAUAGAUAGAUAUAUAGAUACAAAACAUGUGUUGUCAAACACAAGCACUAACAUCAAAGAAAUAAAGUAUGCCCUUUUAAGCAUGUGCAUGCAUAAGUGUGCAAAUUGCAGUAAGGUGUGCAAAAUGAAUAGAAUUAUGUUACAAAGAUGUAUUGCACUGUGCCAGAAGUUACGAAAAGGUAACUGUAAGUUCAGUUAGCAAGUCCAGUAAAACCUCAGCAGCCUCCCAGUCCACUGAGAGUCUUCAGCUGAAGAGCUUCUCUUCUCAAUCUGCAUGUCGUGACGGGGUGGGAGACGUUGUUCAGGAUGCUAACCAACUUGUACAGCAUCCUCUUCUCCGUCAUCGCCUUCAGAGAGUCCAGCUCAACUUCUCCUCCAAUCACUGACCAGGCCUUCCAAACUAGCUUGUUAGCUUCUCUUGCACUCACGCUACAGCACACGGCAGCAUAAAAGAUAGCGCACACAGCAUCUUGUUGCAGACGUUGAAGCCUCAGAGCCUCCGCAGGAAGUAGAGCCGGGGCGCUGGCCCUUCUUGAACUGUACACUGUGUUCCCAGCCCACUCUAGCCUGUGAUCCAGGCGCAUAUGUUAUGUGCUAUUGAUGUUCUUAUUGCUGCUUUACGUGGUAGUCUGGUUUUCAUACCGGUACCAACAGGAAGACCUGAGUUCAAUACCUAGUGUGUGCCUAGGUCCAGAUCCAUGCCUGAACCUGCUCCAGGGAACCGUAACCUGGCGUCCCAAUCAGAGGAGUUAACGUUACUGUUAAUGCAUAACGUCAUAUUUUGCACAUACCAAAAUAUACAGAUGCUGUAAUGUCAAUAGUAGCGUACUUAGCUAACAUCCUAACGAGCACUGCCAUUUUAGGAGCUUAACGAAGCUUCAUAAGGGAGGCUGAAAGCCGUGUUAUAAUUUCAGGCAGAUAACAUGAACGCUGUCUACAAGUAGCACGGCCACAUUGGUGCUGAAAACAACUGAACGGUGUGUUAUUGAGGAUGUGGAGGUUAGGUCGUGUCCUGAGGCUGACAGGGAGAGGAGCAGCCCGACUCUGUUCCAGCAACCAACCAAAACCUUCAUCCUUCUCUUCAUCUAAGUCAAACUCCUCUUCACGGCCCCAAGCUGAGAAACAGAGGCGUAGACGAGAGAGGGAGAACGCCAUACUGUCAAGUCAACACAGUACUCCUGAAGGUAAAGCAGUGAAAUGGAGUGAGAAGCAGAAGAUAGUGUACACGGCUCAAACACCUCCCGGGACAAAGAAAGACACCAGCUUGCUGUUCCCAUCAUCGUACAGUCCAGAGUAUGUGGAGUCCAGCUGGUAUCAGUGGUGGGAGAAAGAGGGAUUCUUCAGUCCAGAGCAACAUGAGAGGUUAUUUCACACUGUGGAUCAGACCUUCUCUCUGUGUAUCCCUCCACCAAACGUGACUGGUACUCUGCACCUGGGCCAUGCUCUGACUGUAGCUGUAGAAGACUCUCUGGUUCGAUGGAGAAGGAUGCAGGGCUACAGGGUACUGUGGGUCCCUGGAUGUGACCAUGCAGGUAUUGCAACACAGACAGUGGUGGAGAGGAAACUGCUGAGGGAAGAAGGGAAGCGCAGACAGGACUUCACCAGGCAAGAGUUUCUACAGGAGGUGUGGAAAUGGAAGAACGAGAAAGGAGAAGAGAUCUACCACCAGCUGAGGAGGCUCGGAGCUUCUCUGGACUGGAGAAGAGCAUGUUUCACUAUGGAUCCAGGUUUCAGCAGGGCUGUGACCGAGGCCUUUGUCAGGCUGUGUGACUCUGGUCUUAUCUAUCGCUCAGAGCGUUUGGUCAACUGGAGCUGUGCUCUGGAGUCUGCCAUCUCUGACAUAGAGGUUGACUCAAAGGAGCUGUCUGGGCAGACCAUGUUGUUUGUUCCUGGUUAUGAAAAUAAGGUGGAGUUUGGGACAAUGCUUACCUUUGCGUACCCUAUAGAAGGCCAUGAUGGAGAGGUAGCAGUGUCCACCACCCGUCCUGAGACUAUGCUGGGAGAUGUGGCUGUAGCUGUUCACCCUGAUGAUCCUCGAUAUCAGGCUGUUCAUGGAAAGCAGUGCAGACACCCCUUCACCAACAGACUCCUGCCCAUCAUCACUGAUUCAAUGGUGGACAUGGAGCUAGGAACUGGUGCUGUGAAAGUGACUCCUUCCCAUGACCACACUGACUUCCUGCUGUCACAGAGACACUCACUGCCUCACCUCACUGUGAUUGGAGGAGAUGGGACCAUGACGCCCCCCUGUGGACAGUGGCUGGAGGGAGUGAAACGUUUUGAUGCCAGACAGCUUGUUGUGGAUGCCUUGGUUGAGAAGAAGCUGUUCAGAGGAAAGAAGAGUCACGCCAUGACUUUACCCAUCUGCAGCCGCUCAGGAGAUGUCAUUGAACCUCUUCUAAAGAAGCAGUGGUUUGUCUGCUGUGAUGAAAUGGCUAAAAAAGCUAUACAGGCUGUGGAGGACGGACAGCUGGAAAUCAUCCCUCAUUUCUACACCAAGACAUGGAAGAACUGGCUGUCCAACAUCAGCGAUUGGUGCAUUUCUAGACAGCUUUGGUGGGGUCAUCAGAUCCCUGCUUACCAAGUGGAGCUUCCUAAUUCUACUGACAAACAAGAGGAGCAGUGGGUUUGGGGACAGAGCGAGGACGAGGCCCGACAGAGAGCUGCUGUCAAAUAUGGAGUGAAGCCAGAAGCCAUCACUUUGACUCAGGACACUGAUGUCCUGGAUACGUGGUUCUCCUCGGGGCUGUUUCCCUUCGCCAUGCUAGGCUGGCCUGAGCAGACCACUGACCUUCAGCGCUUCUACCCCAAUUCCAUUCUGGAGACAGGCAGUGACCUUAUUUUCUGGGUGGCAAGGAUGGUGAUGCUGGGCACAGAGCUUACCGGAAAGCUGCCCUUUAAACAAGUUCUACUUCACUCUCUGGUGAGAGAUAAACAUGGCAGGAAAAUGAGUAAAUCUCUGGGAAAUGUCAUUGACCCAUUAGAUGUUAUACAUGGAGUCUCUCUGGAGAGACUUCAAGAGAAAGUUAAGGAGGGGAACCUUGACCCCAGGGAGCGUCUGGUUGCCAUGGAAGCACAGAGGAGAGACUUCCCCAAGGGGAUCCCUCAGUGUGGGACUGAUGCUCUGAGAUUCGCCCUUUGCUCUCACAAGAUGCAGGGAGAAGACAUCAAUCUGUCCAUCUCUCAGGUCCUGAGCUGCAGACACUUCUGUAAUAAAAUGUGGCAGACGCUGAGGUUCACACUGGGAGUGCUAGGUGACAACACAACACCAGUGGGAACACUGGAAGAGACGACUCCUCUGAGCAGCAUGGACCGGUGGAUCUGCUCCAGACUCUACAGCACAUUAGUACAGUGUGAGCAGGCCUUUGAAGCCUAUGAGCUGCAUACAGUCACAUCAGCCCUGUACUCCUUCUGGGUCCACAGUCUGUGUGAUGUCUACAUGGAGUAUGUGAAGCCUGUGCUGGUCCAACAGGAUGCGGGGGCAGUGGUCCAGACUAACACAGAGCACAGUGGCAGAGCGAGGCAGGUGGCCCGCAGUGUCCUCUAUCACUGUGUGUCCACAUCUCUGGCCCUGCUCUCCCCCUUCAUGCCCUUCAUUACUGAGGAGCUGUGGCAGAGACUCCAGCCAUUCAGACCUGGAGCUGCUGCCCAGACCAGCCUGUGUUUACAGCGGUACCCCCACUCCUCUCAGCUGAUACACUGGCAUUUCCCUGAAGAGGAAAGAGAUUUUUUGCUGGUCCAGGAAGUGAUCCGAGUGGCCCGCUCACUACGAGCCCAGUGUGGCAUGACCAAAGAAAAACCUGCCAUGUGGGCAGUGUGUUCACCAAGCCAGGCUGAAGUCCUCCUUCACUUUGGGUCAGCUGUUUGGACUUUAAGCCGGCUCUCCACCCUCCAUAUCUACAGUCCUCAUAGAGCAGACAACCCCUUCUCUGUCCACUCCACUCCUCCACCUAAAGGAAGCCUCAUCGGUGUGGUAGACCACACAUGUCAGCUACAUCUUCAUGUUCAGAGUGGAAUGAACAUUGACAAGCAGAUCCUGCAGCUCUCUCAGCGCAGAGACAAGCUUGUUCCAAAGCUGGAGGAAAUCCUCUGCAGAGUCCAAUCUCCAGACUACCUGACCAAGGUUCCUGCUCAUGUCAGGCAGCAGAUGGACAGUAAGAUGUCAGCCUUGCAGCAGGAACUGAGGACCAUUGAGGACCAGCUGAUGGUCCUGCAAGGGACUCAAACAACAGAAUAACUACAGCCAAAGGGCAUUACAGUAACUGUGUGGACUGCUGGAUAUCAGAACUGAUGAAGUUGAUGAAUUAUGUAUAAUGUUGUCUGAGUUGGAGAUCUAUACACUGCUUGAAUGAAGGAGAUGUUGCAUAAUA